GCGGGGGACGAGCGUGGGGAGGCGGCGCCUGGGCGCGAUCCGGCCCGGCGCUGGCUCCUCUCCCCGGAACAGGCCCCCGACAGCUGCUCGCGGGAGCCGCCUCCCGACACCCGAGCCCCGCCGGCGCCUGCGCUCCCCUCCCGCGCCCCGCCGCCGAGGAGGCCCCAAGCCGGGGCCGGACGCCUGAGUCGGCCCCGGAGAGCGAUGAGAGAGAUGCUGCCCCCUCCUCCAUAGGCCGGAGGGAUCAGGAGCAAUGGGGACAGGGGUCCUCUCAUCUCUACUGUUGCUGCUACACUUGGUGACAAUUGGAGAUGCUGACAUGAAGGGACAUUUUGACCCCGCCAAGUGCCGCUAUGCCCUGGGCAUGCAGGACCGCACCAUUCCCGACAGUGACAUCUCCGUGUCCAGCUCCUGGUCGGACUCCACCGCUGCCCGCCAUAGCAGGCUGGAGAGCAGUGAUGGAGAUGGGGCAUGGUGUCCUGCAGGGCCUGUAUUCCCCAAAGAAGAGGAAUACCUGCAGGUGGACCUUCGGAGGCUGCAUCUGGUGGCUCUGGUGGGCACACAGGGCCGCCAUGCUGGGGGCCUGGGUAAAGAGUUCUCCCGCAGCUACCGGUUACGAUACUCCCGAGAUGGCCGCCGCUGGAUGGACUGGAAGGACCGCUGGGGUCAGGAGGUGAUUUCGGGUAACGAGGAUCCUGGUGGAGUGGUGCUGAAGGACCUUGGGCCCCCCAUGGUGGCCCGGCUGGUCCGCUUCUACCCCCGGGCUGACCGAGUCAUGAGUGUCUGUCUGCGGGUGGAACUCUAUGGCUGCCUCUGGCGGGAUGGACUCCUGUCGUACACAGCCCCUGUGGGGCAGACCAUGUACUUAUCUGAGGUGGUGCAUCUCAAUGAUUCCACCUAUGAUGGAUACACUGCUGGCGGGCUGCAGUAUGGCGGUCUGGGCCAACUGGCAGAUGGCGUGGUGGGUCUGGAUGACUUCAGGCAGAGCCAGGAGCUGCGGGUCUGGCCAGGCUAUGACUAUGUGGGAUGGAGCAACCACAGCUUCCCCAGUGGCUACGUGGAGAUGGAGUUUGAGUUUGACCGGCUAAGGACUUUCCAGACCAUGCAGGUCCAUUGUAACAACAUGCACACUCUGGGAGCCCGCCUGCCAGGAGGUGUGGAAUGCCGAUUUAAAAGAGGCCCUGCCAUGGCCUGGGAGGGAGAGCCUGUGCGCCAUGCCUUGGGGGGCAGCCUUGGAGACCCCAGAGCCAGGGCCAUCUCAGUGCCUCUGGGUGGCCGCGUGGGCCGCUUCCUGCAGUGCCGAUUCCUCUUUGCGGGACCCUGGUUACUCUUCAGCGAAAUCUCUUUCAUCUCGAAUGUGGUGAACGACUCUUCUGACACCUACCCACCCGCCCCCUGGUGGCCGCCUGGUCCACCUCCUACCAACUUCAGCAGCUUUGAGCUGGAACCCCGGGGUCAACAGCCAGUGGCCAAGGCGGAGGGGAGCCCAACUGCCAUCCUCAUCGGCUGUCUGGUGGCCAUUAUCCUGCUGCUGCUGCUCAUCAUCGCGCUCAUGCUCUGGAGGUUGCACUGGCGCCGGCUGCUCAGCAAGGCUGAGCGCCGGGUGUUGGAGGAGGAGCUGACGGUUCACCUCUCUGUCCCUGGGGAUACCAUCCUCAUCAACAACCGCCCAGGGCCUCGAGAGCCACCCCCUUACCAGGAGCCCCGGCCUCGGGGGACUCCACCCCGUUCUGCACCCUGCGUCCCCAAUGGCUCUGCGUUGCUGCUCUCCAAUCCGGCCUACCGCCUCCUUCUGGCCACUUACGCCCGUCCCCCUCGAGGCCCGGGCCCCCCCACACCCGCCUGGGCCAAACCCACCAACACCCAGGCCUGCAGUGGGGACUAUAUGGAACCUGAGAAGCCAGGCGCCCCUCUGCUGCCCCCACCUCCCCAGAACAGCGUUCCCCAUUAUGCCGAGGCUGACAUUGUCACCCUGCAGGGCGUCACUGGGGGCAACACCUAUGCUGUGCCCGCUCUGCCCCCAGGGGCGGUUGGGGAUGGGCCCCCCCGAGUGGAUUUCCCUCGGUCACGGCUCCGCUUCAAGGAGAAGCUCGGCGAGGGCCAAUUUGGGGAGGUGCACCUGUGUGAAGUAGAGAAUCCUCAAGAUCUGGUCAGUAGUGACUUCCCUAUCAGUGUGCACAAGGGACAGCCCUUGCUGGUAGCAGUGAAAAUCCUCCGGCCAGAUGCCACCAAAAAUGCCAGGAACGAUUUCCUGAAGGAGGUAAAGAUCAUGUCUCGGCUAAAGGACCCGAACAUCAUCCGGCUGCUGGGCGUGUGCGUGCAGGAUGACCCCCUCUGCAUGAUUACAGACUACAUGGAGAAUGGUGACCUCAACCAGUUCCUUAGUGCCCACCAGCUGGAAAACAAGGCAGCUCAGGGGGUUCCUGGGGACAGAGAGUCUGACCAGGGGCCCACAAUCAGCUACCCUAUGCUUUUGCACGUGGGAGCCCAGAUCGCCUCCGGCAUGCGUUAUCUGGCCACACUUAAUUUUGUUCAUCGGGACCUGGCCACCAGGAACUGCUUGGUUGGGGAAAAUUUCACCAUCAAAAUUGCUGACUUUGGCAUGAGCCGGAACCUCUAUGCUGGGGAUUAUUACCGUGUACAGGGCCGGGCAGUGCUGCCUAUCCGGUGGAUGGCCUGGGAGUGCAUCCUUAUGGGGAAGUUCACGACUGCAAGUGACGUGUGGGCCUUUGGAGUGACCCUAUGGGAGGUGCUGAUGCUCUGCCGGUCCCAGCCCUUUGGGCAGCUUACCGACGAGCAGGUCAUCGAGAACGCCGGGGAGUUCUUCAGGGACCAGGGCCGGCAGGUAUACUUGUCCCGGCCACCGGCCUGCCCACAGACCCUCUAUGAGCUGAUGCUUCGGUGCUGGAGCCGGGAGCCCGAUCAGCGGCCGCCCUUUGCUCAGCUUCAUCGGUUCCUGGCAGAUGAUGCGCUCAACACAGUGUAAACUCAGGACCUUGCAGGCCUUCACCAUUGGGAGGCACUCGGGGGAAGCUGGACACGAAAGUGAGAGAAGCCUAUGGCACCCCACCCCACCCCACCCUGACUUGCUAUUCCCAAGAGGCAGCGUUUCUGCAGGUGGGCUGGGCCUGCCCAAGGAGCUGAAGCCUCUGUCACUGGAUACACACUCCCUUCCUGUUCUUCCUUCCUCCUCCUGAGCACCACCCACCCAGCUGGCCCUGUGGUUGGGAUCCUGCCUGACUUCUUCCAGCCAUCCCCUGGGGAAGGAUGGGGCCAAUGGAGGGCACACACUGGACAAGGCCCACUGGAGUACCUGGGCCCCACUGGACAACACUGGUUUCUGGGGAGGUGGUUGUGCCUCCAGCCUCCUUCCUGUCACACACUGGACACUGCCCACUGAGAAACUGGGGGGGGGGGCACGAGGUGGACAAAGAAGCCUAACCCCUACAGUGGUCCUCAGCCCUGGCUUCCUUCUGUUCUGCCCCUGACACACUGGACCUGGGGGUGAUCCCUGCCUCGAUCCUCGGUCACACACUCCUCCUUCCCACCCGCUGUGCUGCAGCUAGAACUUGUCAAAGCCUGUAUGUUUCUGUGGACUAAAUACUAGGAUGGGGGACAGGGAUCAAUAGCCCAAGGCUGGGGGUUGGGAAUCUCUAUUGUAGCUACCACAUUGGUUUUUCUAUAAUCACGUGGGUUUGUACAUUUUUUGGGGGGAGAGACACAGAUUUUUACACUAAUAUAUGGACUUAGCUUGAGGCAAUUUUAAUCUCCUGCAUUAGGCAGGUAAUAAUAAACAUUGAGUUUUUCCACAA